AGACGGCGGGCUCGCGGGCUCCCAGCCAGCUUGCGUCCCAUUGGCCCUUGGGACGCGCUCGGAGCUGCUCCUCUCUUCCUGGGAACAGCGGCUGCCCGCCCGUCCCCGCAAUUCAGUUUGGGGAAAUUCCUUGCCUGCCUAGCGGGGAAAGCUAGGCUGGGCUUGGACGCUUUUCAUGCUGGAGACUCAGGGACAAGAACCGGGGAUGAGCGGCGGAAGGCGGCGCUAGCACUGACAGGACUCGGGGCCGAGGCUACCGGCCACUGGCUGCGGGAUGAACCGGCUGUGUCAGAUGCCUUAGCUGGGUGCACGCGCCGGGCGGAGGGCGCAGGUCGGACUGUGCUCUCCGCGGUCCGCCCUGCGCUGGUGCCCCGCCAGUCCCAGGAUGGGCACUGGAGCCCCGGGGCCGCGCCCGCUAGAGCCCGGCGUCCCUCCCGCGUCCUGAGCUCAUGGACGGCGACUCCCGGCUGGCAGCGGCGCGCCCCCGGGCUGUGAAUGCGACUCGCUCAUCGUCCGCGCUCCCCGCCCGCCCGCCCGCCGGGACGUGGUAGGGGAUGCCUAGCUCCUCUGCGAUGGCAGUUGGCGCGCUCUCCAGUUCCCUCUUGGUCACCUGCUGCCUGAUGGUGGCUCUGUGCAGUCCGAGCAUCCCGCUGGAGAAGCUGGCCCAAGCUCCUGAGCAACCCGGCCAGGAGAAACGCGAGCACGCGUCUCGGGACAACACCGGGAGGGUGAACGAGCUCGGGCGCGCCGCGAGGGACGAGGGCAGCAGUGCCCGGGACUGGAAGAGUAAGGGUAGCCGCGCGCUCGCGAGCCGGGAGGCGUGGAGCAAGCAGAAGCAGGCCUGGACUGCUCAGGGCGGGAGUGUCAAGGCCUCGGACUGGCAGGUCCGACCUCGGGGGGACACCCCGCAGGGGGAGCCCCCAGCCGCCGCGGCCCAGGAAGCGAUCAGCCUAGAACUCGUGCCCACACCAGAGCUGCCUGAGGAAUACGCCUACCCAGACUACCGCGGCAAGGGUUGUGUGGACGAGAGUGGCUUCGUGUAUGCGAUUGGGGAGAAGUUCGCCCCAGGUCCCUCAGCCUGCCCCUGUCUGUGUACGGAGGAGGGGCCCCUUUGCGCACAGCCAGAGUGCCCGCGGCUUCACCCGCGCUGCAUCCACGUCGACACCAGCCAGUGCUGUCCGCAGUGCAAGGAGAGGAAGAACUACUGCGAGUUCCGGGGCAAGACCUACCAGACUUUGGAGGAGUUCGUGGUGUCUCCAUGUGAGCGGUGUCGCUGUGAAGCCAAUGGUGAAGUGCUGUGCACAGUGUCGGCGUGUCCCCAGACGGAAUGUGUGGACCCCGUGUACGAGCCUGAUCAGUGCUGCCCCAUCUGCAAAAACGGUCCAAACUGCUUUGCAGAAACUGCUGUCAUCCCAGCUGGUAGAGAGGUGAAGACCGACGAAUGCACCAUAUGCCACUGCACCUACGAGGAGGGGACCUGGAGAAUCGAGCGGCAAGCCAUGUGCACAAGACACGAAUGCAGGCAAAUGUAGACUUCACAAUACAAAAACUCUCAUGUUUUUCUAGAAUAUUUUACUAAUGUGACAUUCUAGAUGACUCUGAGAAAUAUCAAUCAAAACCAGAAGACUUUUGAUAAGGAGUCAAGGAAAAUGGUUGGUACUUUUCCUUUUCUUGGUAACAAUUACAGCAAGAGACAGAAAUGGAUGUAUUUCAAAACAUCAAUAAGAACUUUGGACAUAAGUUCCCUCUCUAAAUAAAUGUGCUAUUUUCACAGUAAGUACACUAAAGUUCACUAUUCUAUAUUAAAUGUGUUUCUAUAAUCCCUCUAUUAGAGUCUUAUAUAUUAAACAAUGCUGUUGUCAACCGUCCUCACUGUGUUAGCCUUCAUUCCAUCAUAGGGGCUGCUGUGGUACCAGGAAUCUUUUCCCCUGCACAUGAAAUAACUGUAUGCUGUUAAGGGACUACAGAAAAUAAUGACUGCUUUAUAGAAGAAUCCUGUUCAACUGCAAUUUAACUAGUGCUGUGUUUCUAAAGCUUGCCCCAGGACACAUUCUAAUUCACAUAAACAGGCUUCCAUAUUUUAAUAACCCAUUUCUUUUAUCAGUUUGUCCUUAGUUUUUGGAAAAUGCAGGUAUAAAGAUUGCUAGCACAUACUUUUUCAGUUCUCAUAGUAGUCCAUAAACAAACACUUUGGGCAUUUCAUUUUCAUUCACAUCACCUAUUGUUUUCCUAGGCACAAUUUGAAUUCAUUUCCUGAGGAAGAGGAAGGCUGGGACAUCUGUGUUAGUACCCAUGAAGCUGCAGCUGUAAAGAAUUCUGUGUGUGCAUGCGGGGGUUUCCCUAAAUUCUCUGGAGAAUAGUUAAGGAAAGUCAAAUUCAUGAACAAGCUUAUACCUGAAAUACAAACUAUGCUAUAGGCAUCUUACUCUUGUCAGUGUACUGAUACUGCUUACUGAGGUAGAUGUCUGUCCACAAUAACAGACGGAGUGAGAUGAUAAAUCUGUCUUGUAUCAAGAGUAGUGCAGAUGCAAGUAGAAUUCUUUGUCCAAUUGUGUUUCAACAAGUGAAAAUGAAGACUAAGCACAGUCUUUCCUACAGUCAUAUAUAAUCCAAAUUGUUUUCAUUUGCACAUGGACUAAUAAAAAAGCUGCUGCUAGGUGUAACUGACCAUGCCAUGGUGACUGUGGAACAGUUCCCCUUUUAUGAACCACAUCAACACUUGGUAUACUAGUGAG